CGGCGCAGGCGGCAGGGGCCAUGGCUGAAGCGUCGCCGCAGCCCGGACGGUACUUCUGCCACUGCUGCUCUGUGGAGAUCGUUCCGCGCCUGCCGGACUACAUCUGCCCACGCUGUGAGUCAGGUUUCAUUGAAGAGCUGCCCGAAGAGCCCAGGAAUUCGGAAAAUGGUUCUGCCCCUUCCACAGCCCCCACGGACCAGAAUAGACAGCCUCUGGAGCACGUGGACCAGCACCUCUUCACGCUGCCACAGGGCUACGGGCAGUUUGCUUUUGGCAUCUUUGACGACAGCUUUGAGAUCCCUACACUUACCUCUGGGGCACAGCCUGACGAUGGCCGGGACCCUGAGGGCCGGCGCGAACACCCAUCCCGGCACCGCUACGGUGCCCGGCAGCCCCGGGCCCGCCUCACUGCCCGGCGCACCACCAGCCGCCACGAGGGCGUCCCCACACUGGAAGGGAUCAUUCAGCAGCUAGUCAAUGGCAUCAUCACUCCAGCCACCAUCCCCAACCUGGGCCUGGGCCCCUGGGGCGUCCUGCACUCAAACCCCAUGGACUACGCCUGGGGGGCCAAUGGCCUGGAUGCCAUCAUCACACAGCUGCUCAAUCAGUUUGAAAACACGGGACCCCCACCUGCAGACAAGGAGAAGAUCCAGGCCCUCCCUACCGUCCCCAUCACCCAGGAGCACGUAGGCUCCGGGCUCGAGUGCCCCGUGUGCAAGGACGACUACGCGCUGGGCGAGAGCGUGCGCCAGCUGCCCUGCAACCACCUCUUCCACAAUGGCUGCAUCGUGCCCUGGCUGGAGCAGCACGACAGCUGCCCUGUCUGCCGGAAGAGCCUCACAGGCCAGAACACAGCCACCAACCCCCCGGGGCUGACGCGGGUGAGCUUCUCCUCGUCCUCCUCCUCGUCCUCCUCCAGCUCGCCCAGCAACGAGCACGCAGCCAGCAACUCCUAGUCCUUGCCUGCCCUCCCAGAGGAGCCAUCACAGGGCCUCCAGCCCUGACACCACUUGGCCACCCACGGACUCGGAGGUGCCCCGGCCGCCACCCUUGUGCCCCAUCAGCGGCUCUGCUGCCUGAGCGCCCCCGGGGUGGGCGAGGAGCUCGGCCACCCCGUUCAGCUGGCCUUCCGGAGGACGCCCGAGCCCUGGGCACGUGGCUGCCUUGCGGACAAGACCCAGCUGCCCUGCCCCUGACCUUGCCCUCGACGUGUCCAACAACGGAAAGGUUUUUAUAAGUUUAAAUUAUUAUUGCUUUGAAAUAAAUGGACGUUUCAGGUCACGUA